AGAAAACGAAAGAAUAAUGAGGAAUCGAAGUGCGGCAAGUGUUGCCGAAAAUUAACAACUUUUAUGUUUUCUCAUAUUGGAUUAUGUUCUCUGGUUGUGGCUUACUCAGUGUUAGGUGGAUACGCUUUUAUGUUAUUGGAAUCACCACACGAGGUGGUUGAACGUAACAAUGUGGCUCAGAUGCGACAAGAACAAGUGAAAAAACUGUGGAACUUGACAAAAGAGUUGAAUAUAUUCUAUGAAAGGAAUUGGACUAUUUUAGCUGAGGAAGUCUUUUUAUCGUUUCAAGAUGAGGUGUUUAUAGCGACUAAAGAGAAAGGUUGGGAUGGAAAGGAUGGCGAUGGUGAACUACAGUGGUCGUUUGCAGGUGCCCUUUUAUACUCCGUUACAGUCAUUACUACUAUAGGUUAUGGUCACAUAGCUCCUAAAACCUUCUAUGGACGACUGGUAACAAUCUUCUACGCCUUGGUCGGAAUACCAUUAACUUUACUGUGUCUGGCCAACAUGGGAAGCUUCCUCAGCACUUGCUUUCGGUGUUUGUAUAAACAUAGCUGUAACUGUCUUCUGUGGUUGUGUUGUCCGCAGCAUUCGCGUAAAGCCGACAAACAAAAGCCAAAGGCAAAGCCGCGAACCAAGUUUACCAAAAGAAACGAGCCUCCUACACCGGAAGAGGAUCCAUUACGCGGGAAAACUGACGAGAGCAAUGACGUCAUAGUGACUAUUGAAACUGACUGGCGAAAAGUAGUGACUAAAGAUGAACCGGUGCGCGUGCCGAUCUUCGUCAGUUUACUAAUUAUAGCAUUGUACAUUUUUGGCGGUGCUGUGAUAUUUUCACUAUGGGAGGAGAAAUGGGACUAUUUGAUUGGUUCAUAUUUCUGUUUCGUUACCUUGACAACAAUAGGAUUUGGUGAUUUUGUUCCUGGAUCAAGCAGUGCCACGUGGGGAAAUAAAGAAAAGAACAUUUUCUGUGUAUUUUACCUAGUAUUUGGACUAUCUUUGAUCGCCAUGUGUUUCAACUUAAUGCAGGAAGAGGUUCGAGCUAAAUUUCGUUGGUUAGGAAGAAAAUUC